AUCGCGAUCUGGUGUUAGCGGCAGGGUGUGAGUGGUGCGAAAAAAAACAGCCGUGCAGCGCUCUCGUGUGCGCGCGUGCGUGUGUGCGCGCGCGACGAUGCGACUUCCCUUUUUUUCUGUUCGCUCUCCGGUAGCUGAUAAUUGAGAAAUCUAUCAAAGGAGGGGAGGCUAAAGCGCAGCCUGCGAGAAAUCGAAGCCGAUUGGUUCAACGGCAGCAGCCAAAAUGCAGACAAUAGCGUCGGGCGCAUCGCCGCAAGCCGACGCCGAGCAGGAGAAGCGCGACGUGGACGACCGCGACGCCGACGGUCUGCAUCAGCAGCACUGCGACGCGAACGGCCAGGUUUUAUCCCUGGCGUUGGAGGAUCGCGAGUUGUGGACGCGUUUCCAAUGCAUCACCAACGAGAUGAUAGUGACGAAGAACGGCCGACGAAUGUUUCCCGUGGUGAAGGUCAUCGCAAGAGGGUUGGAACCCGGCGCCAUGUACACGCUGCUGCUCGAGUUCGUUCAGGUCGAUCCCCACAGGUGGAAAUACGUGAACGGCGAAUGGGUGCCGGGUGGCAAGGCUGAGGUCGCACCGCCGAACCCAAUUUACAUUCACCCGGAAAGUCCAAACUUCGGAGCUCACUGGAUGAAAGAAGCCGUGUCUUUCGCCAAAGUCAAGCUCACGAACAAGUCCAACGGCAAUGGGCAAAUUAUGCUGAAUUCGUUGCACAAGUACGAGCCGCGCGUACACCUCGUUCGGGUGGGCGCCGAGGAACAACGCACGGUUCUCACCUACCGAUUCCCGGAGACGCAGUUCAUCGCAGUGACGGCUUACCAAAACGAGGAGGUGACCAGUCUGAAGAUCAAGUACAAUCCGUUCGCCAAAGCAUUCUUGGACGCGAAGGAGCGGCCGGCCGAUCCUCAGACGUACCCGCAGUACGCGGGAGCUUGGUUUCUGCCUCAGCCGACCAUCAAUUACGACUACGGAGCGGUGACCCAGGGCCAGACGCCAAGCGGGCCAGCCGCUGAAUUGUCGUCGGGUUGCGGCGCUGCGCCGAGUAGCCACAAGGCUACUUGCCGGCCCGCGCCCUAUGCUCUGAGGCAUAAGUACAUCCAGGACGAGCAACCGGCCGAUCCGUACGCGCCGCUACCGCUGCUCCACUCGAGCGCGUACGUGGGCGGCUGGUCGCCACGUAGCCCCGAGCAAUCUCAGCAGCAGCAACAGCAACAGCAGCAGCAGCAGCAGCAGCAGCAGCAGCAGCAGCAGCUGACUGUCCUGCAAGCCAAUCCAGCCUCGUUGACGCAAGACUGGCCGUCGUCGCCCUCGCCCUCGCCUACCUCGUCUUACCAAGCUCUUAAUCAUCAUCAAGCGGUCGCUGGAAGCUGCUCGACCUCGAGCCUCGCCCCGAGUCCAUCGCUCUACGCGCCCGCCCCGACCGGCCAAGAUCAGUGCGCGCCCGAUCAACAGCAAACCACCACGUGGCUACAUCCAAGCGUGUCCGAGCAGAUCCAGCAGCAUCAGCAGCAACAGUCCUACUUGAAUCUCAAUUUGCAUUUACACCAUCAGAUUUCGUACACGAACGGAAGUGCACUGCAGCAGGGCCUCCAUCCUCAGGAUUCGCCUAUCAGUCAAGUUCAGGAUUAUCCUGAGUACCACUCUCAUCACCAUCACCACCACCACCACCACGAGGCUCAGCAGGCUCAUCUGCAACAUAUACAGCAACUGCAUCAUCACCAUCACCAUCCUGGCGAAGCCGAAGCUGUCGGUUACGACGCGAAGGAAAGUCUCUCUCUUCAUCAUCACUCCGCUUUGAGCGCCGCGGGAUAUAACAGGGAUGAGGACACGGAGACCGCUAGAACCGAGCACACGGUACCGGUGGAUCGAAGAUUCCUCAGUCCACCAGGAGUGAUCGAGCAUCAUCGGCAAGUGCAACCCCCUCAAGAGGAGCAGCAGAUCGACGAGCGACAGCAGCAGCAGCAGCAGCAGCAGCAGCAACCUCAAUCGACUUGGACACCCCUUACCCCGCCGCCAGCCCCGCAAACCACGGCUAUUUGAUGCCGAUACUUAUUUGUAUUUGUCAUACACAGUGAGAUUUGCAAUGGGUUUGUGCGUAUUGCAAAUGUCGUACUUGGAUUUAUAUUCACAGAAUUAGAGAUUUAUAUUUGGAUCGCAGCGUUGAUUAAUUUUUCCUUUUGCGUUGUUCGCUUUGCGUGUUAAAAAUCAAGUCGAAUCGUAGGUAUGUUUUACUUCAGUCGAACAGUUUCCUUUAAAAAUGAGUGUUAAUAUACUAUUCCGUCC